AUGGAAAGAACAACCUGGCCAGAAGACAGCUGUUCGCUACAGAUUGCUUGCACGCAAUUAUGCACCGAAAAAGAUCUGGAAACUUCCUCUAGCCAUCUAGAGAACUUUAAGAUUCUUGUGAUGCAGGACCUUUUGGAUCCAAAUAAAUCCAGUCAAGAAAGCGUAAUGAUGGAUUGUGAUCAGCCUGGGGCUGCUGCGGAGUCUCCAGAGAAAUUACGACCAAGAAACAAAAAGAAGUCGACCAUGUUGAAGACGGUCGAAUUGAGCAAUUUUUUGGUGGACAAUGAACUUCGUUCGGCCAUUGGAAUGAUGAAAGUUAGCAACAGACAAGUAGUUUUGGCUCAGCCGAAAGCCCAGGCUACUAGUCAGGGUCCUACACAUAAGGGCAUCCGUAGAGAAAAGAAGCCGACUACUACUAAGAAGAUCGUUUUAGAGGCACGGAAACACAUUGAGAAGGAAGAAAAUAAUGUCGAGUUGACCUUUAUUCCCACUCCCUUGGAUGAAUGCGUUAUUGAGCUCUUGAAAAAGCUCAAGAAACAGGCGAAUGCUGCCCAUAAAGCUAAUCCGAUCAGGGCUCGAUCCAAGCGCACUUUUAUCUGCGGAAUCCAUGAGUGUUUGAAGCACAUCCAAGCAGACAACGUGAAAUGUGUCUUACUAGCUCGAAAUAUGGAUGCUGAAAUGGAAGGAGUCACGCUUCUACAAAGCAUUCGUGAUGAAUGUGGAGCUCGUGGUAUACCCAUUAUUCAUGCGUCGACGAAACGCUUGCUGAGUCGUGCGUUGGAGAAAUUUCCAUAUACGAAUGUGGUAGGAUUGCUUCGUUUUCAGGGUUUUGAGGAAAUCUACGACAAAAUGAUUUCGCUGUGGAACAGCAGUGACUCUCACAUCAAAUAUCACAAGGAUCAAUCGUCGUUGUUCGCCCGUGUGUGGAAAUUCAAUGCUUUGAAGUCUACAGACCUUUUUGAACUGUCUAGUACAUCACAAAUCGACUAUACAAUUGUAGCCGUUGCUCGACUCGCCUAUCUGCCUCACUUGCAUUACAACCUCAAUCGUGUGCACCGAAGUCAGCGCUUACAUCAACUCUAG